AUGACUAUGGCUACGGUCUCCCGUAUGCACCCCCGCGUACUAACUGCCUACUACCCAACCACAGUGCCAGUGCCAACCUACUACCCAACCAGUGUCCCAUACACCACCAGUAUCCCGUACACCACAAGCGUUCCGUACACCACAAGCGUUCCGUACACCACGAGUGUCCCGUACACUGUAAACUACACCAACACUUACAGCUACAGUUCAUUGCCUUACACUGCGUGCUACACUACGGUCUACGAUGCGAUCUGUAAGACCGGGAUGUGUCACAGCACAUACACAGUCACGGAGCACUGUGCAACAGCCUGCCCGACGUACCGCGCAACUACGUCUAUUCCGAAGGGCUUCACGACCACUGUGACAGUGUGUAAACACUGCGGGCCACAGCCAACCACUGUGACGCUUACUUACUGCCCUACCACUUACCCCACAGUAUCGCCGAGCUACACGACAACCCCAUCGUACACGACUAUGACACACGUGCCGACCCACACUCCAUGCCACAACUGCACUUACCACACAAGCAUGACGAUGACUCCGUCAUAUACUCGCCCAACUGUGAACACGACUACUCCAUACGCAACACCAUCGCAGCCAAUGUUUACUGGUGGAGCUGCGGUCGUGGGUGUCAAUAGUGCAGCAGCUGGUCUUAUGGCGCUGGCCGCUUUCUUCUUGUAG